CGUCGUCCACCUUCGCGCGCGCACCGCGGUCGCCAUUUUUUCUCGCGCGUAAGUCGCUCGGACGUGCGUGCGACAUAUUUUUUUUUUGUAUAAACAAUAACAAACAAAAUGGCGUCGCCGGCAGAUUACAUGAAACCGGACUUGGACGCCGUUAAGUUGGAGCACAUACCUGUGGAGAUGCCGUGCGAAAUUGUAGAAACCACUGUGGUCGACCAAAACGGCCGGCACCUGAUCAUGGCGCCCGUCCAAGGAGGAGGCCUGGUGAAGAACGAAAACGCAAUGCUCCUGCAAGCGACCACCAUCGGCGGCGGCGGCCAGCAUCAGGACCACGAAGACGGUCAGCUCACCUACGUGUACGAGAGUGUCAUCCCGCAGGAACUGUACGCCGAACCCGAAAGUCCAGGACCGUCCAGAAACAGGUUUAAAAAAGAAAAUGUCGAAGACCAUUUUCUGGUGCAAACCGUUCCGUCGCCGCCCGAACCGGUUGCGAUCGGCCGACCCAGGAAGUGGGAACAGAAACAAGUACAAAUCAGAACGCUGGAAGGAGAAUUUUCCGUAACGAUGUGGGCGUCCGGAACCGACGAUGAUUACAUUUUAGAAGAGGUAAGCAAUCCGGAACCGGAUCCUGAUCCCGAUUAUGAAGAAUACAUGACCGAACAGACUGUUACUGAAGAAAUUCCUCAAAUUAACCUCAGCGAUCCCAAACAACUAGCCGACUUUGCUAGACCCGGACACAAAACGAAAGUUAAAAAAUCUUACGGUCAAGAGAUGAUGGACCGAACUAUUGCUUGUCCGAAUAAAAACUGCUCAAAAAUGUUUCGUGAUAAUUCGGCGAUGCGCAAACAUCUACACACGCACGGACCUCGUGUACACGUUUGCGCUGAAUGCGGAAAGGCGUUUGUCGAAAGUUCAAAACUUAAACGCCAUCAGUUAGUCCAUACGGGAGAAAAACCUUUCCAGUGUACAUUCGAAGGAUGCGGCAAGAGAUUCUCGUUGGAUUUCAACCUUAGAACACACGUUAGGAUACACACGGGCGAUCGACCGUACGUUUGUCCAUUUGACGCUUGCAACAAAAAGUUUGCACAAUCUACUAAUUUAAAAUCGCACAUCUUAACACAUGCCAAAGCAAACCGACACAUGUCACGACCGAGGCCUAGUUCGAAUAGGUCAAUAAACCAAGUACAAGACGACAUUAACCAACAAUACGUUAAUGUUGAAAUACCUGAAGUCGACCAUCAACAUUUUAUCGUGUACGCCGAAUAGGAGUAACCAUUCUAAACGAAAUAACGUGUUGAUGGUUGUGCAGUUAUCUUCUCCGUGACUGAUCUUAAACAUAAUUAUUAUAACUAUUAGCAUGAUUUCUGUGCUGAAUUUAUGUACAUAUCUAUAUUUUAAAUAUAAGCAAACAUAGAUUUAUCUUAAAUAUAUCUACUUUAAUUUUAUGACGUUGAAAACGCCAUCGAGAUAAAAAUUAUUUACCGUUCUAAUACUUUCUUUUUUUUUUUACAAGCCAACAUUACUCGAUUGUGUAAAUAUGUUGGUGCUUUAUGUAAACAAGUAUUUUUUUUU